AUGGCAGGCACACGCUCGAAGAGGACUUACCAUGCGAUCGACUCUGAUUCCGACGGCACGGACGAGAGCUACAAAAAGGCAUACAAUGUGAUGCGGAAUGCACUGGACGAGGGAGCCCUGACGCUGAAGAGCCGCGACCGGACGUUCACCACCUUUCUCGACCUGAAGAACGACCACCACAAUGAGUUUAUGACCCGGCUGCGUGAGCACGUUCAGCUGGCGUACCAGUGGGACGAUCUGGAGAAAGAUGAGUCCGAACGUAGACGCUGUGCCACCAGCUUCGUCCGCCAAUACGGCAAUACGUACUGGGGAACUGAAGAAAACAGGCGCAAGUACCUGCUGCCGGACAGUCUGAAAGAUCGCAAGGCGCUGUGCACGUAUCCAGAACGGAAGGAGGAGAUUAUUCUUUCUUUGAUGCUUCUGCUCCAGAAGAAGGCCAACAGCCAGGAAAACGCGAGUGAGAAGAACGGUUUGUCUACGCCAGGCGGCAUGAAGAACCCUCGCUCCGUCUCGGAGGCGCCCUUUGAGCUUCGCAAGAGCAUGGACCGUAAGAGCAAGAAGAGAGCCUCCGACCUGUUGAACGAUAACCGUGCCCUUAGCCGCGCCCCGAGCCCGGAGCUGCUGGGUGAGCAUAGAGGCCGACAGAGGACCAAGGAGGUGCGGGCUUUCACGACCCCCCCGAAGUCCAAGACUACGGCGAGUAGUGCUUCUACUGCUACUGCCGCUUUUGCUACGGGACGGGCCACUCCCUCCAGAUCGCUGGCGAGGCAGAUCACGUCCCCGGAGUCGUUUGGCGAGGAUAUCUUCUUCGACGGCAAGGAUGCGGCGCGCGCACAAACCCGCGACGGCAUCAAUAGCAGUGUGCCCGCAUCUCCAACAAGUCACGGUCACAGCAGUGGCGCCACGAUCACGGACACCACCGUCACUGGGCAGUACAAAAAUACCAGCUUCCUGGUCUCCGGCGCCCACCAGACAGGCAUGGCACCCGUACAUGUCCCUUUCCAGGCGUUUGUCUCCUCGUCGGCCUUCCUCGAGUGCAUGGUGGAGGAGUGUGGGCUCACCUACUGGGAUCCGAGCAUGCAGCUGAACAACGAGAUCUCGCAGUGUCUCAAUCUCAACUCGGCUGUCGUCGUUGACCCUCCUCCUACCACCUCGUCGAUUUCUUCUCCUUCUUCUGCUUUUGUCAUUGUGGCAUCGGUGAAGCUGGACUGGUCGAACUUUUUCAUCCGCGUGCGACCCGGCAAGGACCAGGACUGGGCGGCCAUCAUGUACGAGCUGGAGAAGGCCAGGAAAGCACAAGACGCGACGCAGACUCCGCCCUCUCAGUUGAAGAUCCAUGUCACGCUGCAUCUCUCGGCAUGA